CGGCGCUUUGGGUACAGUGGUGCUCCACAGCGGAGAGAAAUCCAGGCAGGCGCAGCUAGACACCUUCACGCACCGAGCGCAGAGGUUUGAUUGCGGCGCAGUUUGCGUGGCGGCCGGGGACCCGAUCUUUUAAAACCAUGCUGGAUUGACUGCAGAGAGGCAACUACAAUCAAUGGCUUGGAUUUGAAAUCGUUCAAAAUUUAUUGGAAAGGAGCGUGAGAUAGAGCGACAGUGAGAGAGAGCGGGAGAGAGAAGCGCGAGGGAGAGAGCGAGAGUGGCGAGAGGGGUGGAAAUAAAGAUCCUUUCAACAAUGGAGCUUACAAUGGAAAACAUUGGAAAUCUGCACGGUGUGCCUCACUCCCAUCAAACGAGCGACUUAAUGAACUCCGCACACGCGCGCCAGUCGUCGUCGCAUCGGAACUUGGUGUCGCACGGACGGUCAGCCAUGGUGUCCAGCAUGGCCUCGAUACUGGAGGGAGCGGGGGACUACCGCACGGACCAUGCUCUGUCCGGCCCCCUGCAUCCGGCGAUGACCAUGUCGUGCGACUCCGGGAUGAGCCUGAGCAGCACCUACACCACGCUGACGCCGCUGCAGCACCUGCCCCCCAUAUCCACCGUCUCCGAGAAAUUUCACCAUCCGCACCCGCACGCUCACGCUCACCAUCACCCGCACCAGCGACUUUCGGCCGGGAACGUCAGCGGCAGCUUCACCCUGAUGAGGGACGACCGAAGCCUCGCCUCCAUGAGUAACCUCUACGGCCACUACCCCAAAGACAUGUCCGGCAUGGGGCAGCCCCUAUCCCCUCUGUCUAACGGUCUGGGGUCUUUGCACAACUCCCAACAGACUCUCAGCGCCUACGGUCCCGGAGCUCACCUGUCCAACGACAAGAUGCUCUCCUCUGGGGGCUUUGAGUCCCACGCAGCCAUGCUGUCCCGGGGAGAGGAGCACCUGGCCCGGGGUCUCGGGGGCCACGGGGCCGGGCUCAUGACAUCCUUGAACGGCCUCCACCAUCACAGCCAUCCGCACUCUCAGGCAAACGGGUCCAUGCUGUCAGACCGGGACAGGCAGACGGUGGUGGGAGGCGGGCAGGGAGCUGGGUCGGGGCAGGUGGAGGAGAUAAACACCAAGGAGGUGGCGCAGCGAAUAACAGCGGAGCUCAAGCGCUACAGCAUUCCCCAGGCCAUCUUUGCUCAGAGGAUCUUGUGCCGGUCCCAGGGAACUCUGUCCGAUCUGCUGCGGAAUCCUAAACCGUGGAGUAAACUCAAGUCUGGCCGGGAGACGUUCAGGAGGAUGUGGAAGUGGCUGCAGGAGCCCGAGUUCCAGCGGAUGUCAGCGCUCAGGCUUGCAGCCUGCAAGCGCAAAGAACAGGAGCAACACAAGGACCGCAACACGGCGCCCAAGAAGCAGCGCCUGGUCUUCACCGACCUGCAGCGCCGCACACUCAUCGCCAUCUUUAAGGAGAACAAGCGCCCAUCCAAGGAAAUGCAGAUCACCAUCUCCCAGCAGCUCGGCCUGGAGCUCAGCACCGUCAGCAACUUCUUCAUGAACGCCCGCCGCCGCUGCGUGGACCGCUGGCACGACGACCAUGGCUCCAGCCCCGGGCAGCCAGGCCCAUCCGCCACCACUUUCUCUAAGGCCUGAGAGGAGGAGAGGGCCUUCAGAGGGCCAGGGGGAACCGGUUGGAACAACAGGCAUCAUGGGAAAUUUGGCUAUGAAGCCUGUCGACAACAACCCACACCUGGCCUGGACCGUCUGAAUGUGUCCUCUGCCUGAAAAUCCUUUGUGCCAUGCAAUCAUCUUUUUCGUCAGUCAGAAUUUAAAGCUCUCACCUGAAACAAGCAUAAUCUGAAGGUGAACAGUGAAGUCAGGUUCACUCUGCAUUUCUCACAAAAGGACAAUCAUUGAUUCUGUCUUCUUUUGUAAAGAAAAUCAUUUUUAUGGCAUCUGUCAAAGUAAAGAGACACCAAAGAUUUGAUGUUUUUUUUUGUCGGACGGUAUCUGAAUUAUGCUUCACCACCCAAGUAGCCACAGAUUCUGAUUUUUUUUCUUCUCCCAACUCACCUCCUUCGCGUCUGCCUCUCUUACUCUCCGUUACAUCCCCUCUACGCCGGCACACGGAAGCAACAAGGGCGAAAGAACGGCAAUAAAUCUGACAACAGAACAGCACAUAGCCUUAUUAUCCGAGCCCCAUCCUGCACACACAAGGCCGUCAUAAAGAAAACAACGCAGCCUAUGAAAAAAACAACAAGGCUUUCCAAUUCUCCGCCUCUACCUCCCCCCUCUCCUCUCCUCCUGCUGUAGUCUCCUUCAUUCCUCGGCCAAAGGUAUUCCCUGAUGGCCAGCCAUUUCAGAGAGCAGCUCAGCCUGAUCAUACAGCGAACUAAUGAAUUGAAAAAUGAAUCGAUGCAGGCAGAGAGAGCGGGGCCUUGACCCCUCCUGAAGGUGAAACUCAAGAUGCUCGGCAGUAGAUACUCAGGUCUUCCGGGCCCAGGUCUAUAUUUUUUUGCACAGAUGUUGGAGGCCUGUGGGGAGACGUGUCAUUGUUCCUCUCAGCCUGAGCCUGAGAUUCUGUGUCUCUCUGACCAAACAGCAGAGGCGAGUGAGAUGUCUGGACACGCUUUUUUUGUUCUGCUGGGAGCUCUUCCUCUGAUCAAUAACUGAGAACCCAGCGACGACUACAACACGAUCGGGAUUCCAGCCAACUGCAUUACAGCUGCAUAUGAAAAAGCAGAAUGUAAGAGGAGCACAUGGAACCCAGUGGAGAUGGGGACACAAAGACCUCACUACUACUACAACUACUACAGCAGCAGCAGCAGCAGCAGCAGCAGCAGCACACCUCUCCCUCCCCAAGUCCUGCAACAGAGCAACAGUGCCCCCUGCUGUCGGUAGCAGACACCUGUGUCCGGCAGAGCGAGGGGGGUACAGAGUGGAGGAGAGGGAGGGAGGGACGAGCCACUAGAUGCUGAGGAGAAGUCAUGGCACAACACAUUCAGGCCCUCACAGCUCUUUGAAGGCAGAUCAAUAGCUAACCAUUAUCCUAUUGUUGUUCCUCAUCCGACCAGCACUGGUGAAGCCGGAGGAGGGGGAUGGUUAAAACCGGACGCUGAAAUCACAAGGAUUUAGCAAAAAAGGCAGGGAUUUAUUAAACCAAUCCAAAUCGUACAGAAUCGUCGACACAAUACAAACAGAAAUUACACAAAGAGGGGAUAGAGAAGUACAACAGGAGCAGUGAUGAAAGGCUCACCGAGUGGAGGUUCAAUUUACAUUAUUUACUUGUUCAUUCUUCCACUUCAAUCUCAUCUGUUUGCAAAAAAAAAAGAGGCUCUCAACAAAAAGUGAUUCAAACCAAAUCUCCUGGUUACUCACGGUCAGUCGCUGUAACCACCACACUCCGCUGACUAAAUGCUACAAUAAUUAGUGCCAAUGCUUUACUGCCUUAAUGCAAAUCAGAGAAUAUGGUACUAGGGUUCACACACGGCUAUACAAUGCGCCCCGUGGAUGACGGGAGGUGUGUGCCGUAGCCAACCAACAAUCAGCUUUUAACUGAAUUAAAAUAUACUUUUUUAGUAAAAGAAAGAAAAAAAAGAAUCAGAUUUUAAGGCAUACAAUAACCAAACCUCAAACGACAAAGAUACCACACACAUAGUAUGUGUUACAAACAAAAUGUCUCCAACACAUACACUGGACACAUUUUGAAGCAGAAGUGAAAAUGACUCAUUCUAUCUUUGGUUCUCUACCUCCUCUCCCCUCUUACCCCCAUUGCCCCCUCUCUCUCUAUCUCUCUCCCUCUUUCUCUCUCUCUCUUCCUCUCUAUAUUGAUGCGGGUAUUUAAUUAGUACCAUAGACACAAAGUUUCUAUUUCUUGUUACUAUUGUGCUCUGUUGUGCAUAAGUAAGGCACCUUGUUGAUAAAUCAAAAACAAAAAAAUGAAGGACUUUUCAAAAGGAAAAAAAGGAGGGAUGCAAGGACUGGACGAAGGACGUAUUUUUUUGCAUUCUGUGUGAAUAGAGACUCGGAGAAGACAUUUACCGUGAGAAAGAGAAAAAAAAAGAAAAACAGGGAGCUGCUGAAGAGAAGAAUAAAUGACGGGACGCUUUCUCCUCUUCUGGCAAUUCUGUCAGAACUGUACUCUCAGCCCCCUUUAAGCUGAGCCCCAAGAACGGGGUAAAAACGGAAGGGGGGGGGGGAUGAAACAAUGACCUCCAAACGUCCUGGCUGAUUCAAUGUGUUUUAUUGGAGGGUGGGUGUGCGGGGGGUCAAAGCCCAGGACUCAAUAGUUAUCUGUAUGGUCUUAAGAUGCAACUGUAGCAUUUCCAACAAUGUAGUCAGAUUAGCGGUGCAGAUUAGAUAAGAGAUGGGUCAUUGAAGAGGAGCUGGUCGGGACGUACCAACUAACUUCACGUUGCUGUAAGCAGUGGGUUAAAAGACGCCAAAGGAAGAUGAGCUAAAAUCAAGUUUGUGGUAUACAGUUCAGUGAGCAUAUAGCUAGAUUCAGCUCUAGGUUAUUAAGGCUGACAAAAUGGCAUUUGUUUGUAGUGAGAACCAAUGUGGCUACCUCACUAAGCUGAGUGGUUUGUGAAACCGCCACUAAUACCAAAGAUACUGCAGCCUACCGGUCCCAAACUGCCUAGGGGGACACAUACAAAAACAAAAUAACUAAGAGAGCUCCCCCCCCUUGUCCCAUCUUUGCCCAACACCAUCACAAACACACUUGCACACAUUAUACACACACACGCAUUUACAUACAUGUUAGUAGUAACAGCGCAGUCGGACUGCAUCGUGCCACAUAGGAGGAGGUGGCCGCCUUGCAGACAGAGUUGAGUGCCUUUUCCCUUCAACCACGGGUGGGACUGCACUGGACACACACACAUGCAUGCAUAAAGCUACACACCCAUUUACAAACACGCACUCACACACAGACAAUGCACCCAUAAUUGGAUGGACAGAAAGGAGGCUGGGUGUGUGUGGGGGGGCACAACGAGAGGGACACAGAGUGGGGGCUGUGUCAGCAUUUUCUCCCAUAUUGACUUUCCAUCUUGAUACACUAGAAUACAAGCACUUUAUCAUGUAGAAAGUCUAUAAAACAUUUUCUAUACACUAUUUAUUUGAAACAAAAUUAUAUGUUUACUCCUGAAUCUGUCAGAGUCUUUGUUACUGUAUCGUUGAUCUUCUAGGAGCUCACAGCCUUUGUGUGUACUUUAUUUUUAUUUUUCCUUUUCCUCACUCUGCCUCGUGCGCUUUUACUCUCGGCCACUUUGCCUCCCUCACAUCAGAGAUAUUUUUGUGUAACAGAGAAAGAGGGGGGUAAAAAGGCAGAGGCUUGAAGCGCUCAGAGGGCUGUAGUUGUAAAAAAAAAAAAAAAAAAAAAAACAACAACACACCACUGAAUAUCUCUUUCUCUCGCUCCACGGCGUGCAAGCACAGAGGCUGCACUAGGAAAAAGUGUGGAAGACUCACUGACAGUAUAUAUAGACACAAUCUCCCCCCUCCCUCCACCUUCUGUCCAGUCGACCUCUCCCCCUGGCUAGUGCUAAGACCCGGUAGGCGUGUGUUGACAAUUAAUUCUGAAAUACCUCAAAAACCUUUCAUGUAAACUUUAUGUAAUUUAAAACUGAAAAAUAAUAACUGCUAAUGAUAAACGAUGAUUAUGAAACUAUGAUACUAUGAUAGUUAGUUUUGGAACUUGUGACUUGAAGCUUUAUACUGUUAAAAUUCCUUUUUAUUCGUUCGCUCAUUUUCUCUCGUACAUUUCUCUUUCGUUCGUUUUUUGCUACGGCAUGUACUUACUGUUUUUUCAUAAAGGAAAAAAGACAUUGUGAAUGUUUCUGUGGAGGGGUUACACGAGAAAAGAGACAGAAGAGAAGGCUAGAGUAGAGAGAGAGGGAUGAGAGCUACUCACUUUAGUUUACUUCAACAGCUCUUUCAUAGGCAGGUACAUUUAAAGGGAAAAGUAGAAAAAAAAGGGAAAUUAAUGAGAAAAAUAUGAUUUGGGCUGAAUUUUAAACCAAAAAUUGAUGUUAAACCAAAGGAGGGAUGACCUUUUACUCAUCGUUAGCUUUCUUCUGCCUUUAAGUUGUCUUUUCUCUGAAAAAAAAUAAUAUUUCACAGUUACUUUUGAAGGUUCCUGGGUGUGUUCAAGUGCUCCUGAUGUUCUUAGAAUAUUAAAGACCAGCACCUCCUGUUGAAAAGAAGGUGCGCUUUUCUUUCUUUUGUGCAUGGAUAUUGUAUAACUGUAUAGAAACCAACAGGAAUGACCUGUGAUUUUUGUGGGGAGGAGGAAAAGGAUGGAAAGACUCGGGAGUGGGUGGAGAAAGGGUGGGGGAUAUUUUGGUUAUCGAAACAAAAACAAAAAAACAGGGGUGGGAGGAUUUGGGUUUUAGGCGUUGGAGGGGUCCUUGUUUUUAGAUUUUUUCCGUCACUGUUGGAUUCACUGGUUGUGUGCAUGUGUUGUUGCAACCCUUCCCCUUUUCCCCCCAUGUUUCUUUGAUGUAUAUAAAUCCAGACAGUAGGGGGCAGUGUGUGCUGGGGGAGGUCAAACUCCUCUCCUCCCAAUCAAUAGCAUCCAAUCUUCAUUCCUCGGCUUGAGGUCCUCACUCGGGUCCUGAACUGUGUGUCUUGCUUUUCCAAAGACAGGCUGUUUACUUGGAGUUAAUCAGAGGGACACACACAGACCCGAGCGGCCUUGAAUAUACCUGUGUCUGUCUACAUGCUUUUCUUCAA